AUGCUGCUCCACCGACUGCGGCGGGCAGCGGACAGCAGUUUUGAGGAGAAGGCGUCCCCGCCGUACAUCGGACCUCCCUGUGAGCUGCCAGUGGUUGAUCCAGAAGACCCCAUUUGCGUGGAGCCACGGCGCCGCCGUGAGCGGCGCGAGCGGUGCGCGCGCCAGAAGAAGAGCGGCUUCCGUUUCACCUGCAGCUGCUGCUGUUGCGCAGUGGGCUUGCUGGUGAUUUGCGCCUUUGCCAUCACCGGGCGCCUCAUCAUUAGCCACACCUUGGAGAGUCGCACGUCGUGGCACCGCCCAGAAAGCUCGGGCGUCAACGAUUCAGAGAACGACACAGACUCAAACGUGACCGCCGUGCCCAGCAUGGCGAACUCGAGUGCUGCGGAAGGGGCUCCAGUUUCGACCGGCGACGCGCCUCUCAAUGCGACGUCCCAAAACUUCUUGGAAGCCCCGAGCGAUGUGGACGUCAACGUUACGGAGUCAAACGGCACAGGCUUGCCUGACUCGGUCUCCAACGACACAGCAGCGCCGAGUGUCAAUACCAGCAUGGCGAAUUCGAGCGCUGCAGAAGGGGAGCCAGUUGCGACCAAUGACGCGCCGCACAAUGCGACGUCCCAAAACUUGUCUGAAGCCGCCCCGAGCGAUGUUGGCGUCAACUUUACGGAGUCCAACGGCACAGGCUUAACUGACUCGACCUCCAGCGACACGGACGCAGCGACCAGUGUCAAUGCCAGCGUGGCGAAUUCGAGUGCUGCGGAAGUGGCUCCAGUGACCGACGACGAGCCUGACAAUGCGACGUCCCAAAACUUGUCUGAAUCCCUGAGCGAUGUGGGCGUCAACGUUACGGAGUCGAACGGCACCAGCCCAUUCAGCCCAGCCUCCAACACCACGGAAGCAGCGCAGGGUGUCACCGUUAGCGUCACGGAUUCAACUACAGGGGCUGCUGAGCUGAGCGACGUCUACUACGGCUACGAUGCUGGAACUUAG